AUGCUGGGAAGCUUAGGUAGCGUGAGGGAGCUGAGCGAGGCAGGAGCAGAGGUAAGGGGGAAGGAUCGGGGAGGGAGGACCUUUGUGUACUGGGCUGCAGAGUACGGACAAGUGCAGGUGCUGAAGGCCGUUGAGGAACAAUGUGGGAUAGAGGAACUGAGAAACUUGGUGGCGACAGCCAACAACGUCGGCUGGACAUGUGUGCAUGCGGCGAGUGAGCGAGGGCACUUGGAGGUAGUUCGAUACCUUGGGGAGAGAUGCGGGGAGGAGCAGCUGAGGAAGCGAGAUAAUGAUGGAAAGACAUGUGCUCACUGGGCCAGCAUGAAAGGACACUUGAAGGUACUGCAGUUCCUUGUGGAGAGAUGCGGCGACGGGAUGCUGAAGGAGAAGACCAACGACGGCUGGACAUGUGCGCAUGCGGCAAGUCAGGUAGGACAGCUCGAGGUACUUCGGUACGUUAGAUGCGGGGAGGAGCAGCUGAGGGCGAAGGACAAUGACGGAUGGACAUGCGCGCACUUGGCAAGUUUCGGAGGGCACUUGGAGGUAGUGCGGUACGUUGUGGAGACAUGUGGGGAGGGGCUGCUGAGGGGCCAGACCGAUGACGGCAAGACAUGUGCGCAUGCGGCGAGUGAGGGGGGCCACUUGGAGGUAGUGCGGUACGUUGUGGAGAGAUGCGGCGAGGGGGUGCUGAGGGAGAAGACCAAUGACGGCAAGACAUGCGCUGCUUUAGCUGGUACCUCAGAUGUUGUGGAUUAUCUUGAAAGUCUGGGUGUCGACUAG